CCCGAAUUGCACUCGAUACAUGUAUAUCGGAGGUGUGUGAACAGCAACAUCCAGCACCACAUCACAAAAGAUUGCAGGAUAUGGCCAGAAGAGGAACGAGAUCACGGCAACAACGGAACAAGCUAAACUACGACGCCCGAUAUGCGACUCACAAGUGGAGACCAUUCAACAUCGGAGAUCAAGUCAAGGUGCGCAAGCAUGAUCAUCCAAUACACAGAGGGCCCGGGGCAAGCAAGUUCAAAGAACGCUGGAAAGGUCCCUACACUGUAGUUGACCGAAAAGGAGUGAAUGUCAAAGUUGACAAUGGAAUGAUGAAGCGCUGGAUGAAUACAGACCUGGUGAGACCAUGGCACACGAGAGAGCAACAACUUCGAGGAGGGGCGGGUGUAGAGGCGCGGAGGACUUCGACAACACGGAACAGCAGAAAACGACAAGAGCAAGAAAGAGUAUCCGACAGAGGCACCGGAAUCAGUCAGCAUAACGCAGGCCCUACCGGACGAGUGGAAAAGGGACCGCGGGCGACGACGGGAAGAAAGUCUGCUCCCGGAAGAUCUCAAACGAUAUUGGAGGAGAGGCCAAGAAUUCAGACAAAGACGCCGAUUGUUAUGCCCCAAGGAAUGACUCCAAGCCGAGUGACGCCUGGGAGAUCAAGCAAGUCGAGAGCCUUCGAACAAAUCCAGGCUGGUCGGAAAGCGACGUACAGGAGCGGAGAUACGAAGCAAAACAGGCGAAGCUGAGUUGCCGAAUUGUCGCCAAUUGGCGGGCGAAGGUGCCCGUCGACCGCAUCGCAUUUCUGGUGCGUUGUGGUGUAGAAAUGUGACUAUAUGUGUGUGGGCGUGAGCGCGUGUGGGACGGAUCGUGACG